CGUCAACUCCCCGAGAGAGCCGGGAGAGCUGAGAUAAAAUGGAUUAUUUUGCUGCCUAAUGUAAAUAAUUGAAGCAUUUUGUUGGAAAUUUAAUUUAUAUUACAACUAGCUUGGCGAAAUACGCUGGUAAGUUCCUUUCAAAUAUAACGUCCUACAGCAGCUAGCGAAUAUAGCCUAUAGGGUUGACUAACGUUAACACUAGCUAGCGUGCUAACUUUGCUAGCACGUUAGCUUAGUCAUUUGUUAUGCUGUUGACCAGCUGGACAACAUAAAAACGCUUUGAACUGAUCAAAGAUCCUGAGCCAUGGUGAAAGAACGGGCCCAGAAGAAGUCCUUCCAGCAGAGUCUGGAGGAUAUCAAGGAGAAGAUGAAGGAGAAGAGGAACAAACGGCUGGCCAGUGCCUCAGCUCCCAAGAGAGGACGGUCUAGAAUGAUAAACAAAAGCAGUGGGGCUAACUCCACACACACUAUCCUGAAGGGUGUCCAGCUGAACAACAAAGCACUGGCCGUAGCACUGCAAGCUGAGAAAGAAAAAGUGAGGCAAGCCAAUGCAGUGAUCCUGCAGCUGAAAAGAGAGCAGCAGGCUCUGUUCCUUCACCUGCUUCUGCUCAAGAGGAAGCUCAAGGAGCAGGAAGCUCUGGCAGCGAGUGCCUCAGAGACUAAACCUGCAAACAUCCAUGUUGAACCUCAGCACCGCCUGAAUUCGGCAAGGAGAAAAAGAACCAGCCAGAACCUUGAUGAUCCCGUUGUAUGCAAAGCCUCACCAAUUUGUGCAGAUCCUCAGCCCUCUGAAAAGAACGGACAACCUGAAUGUGACAAGCAGCUUACCUUGCCGCCUACAGUGGGUGUACGGCGUCGGCACGCAGAUAGAAGAAGCAGGAGAAGAUCUGAGCGUGUACAGGAACAGAGGUCGUUGAGUGAGGGGGACCCCAUUGCAGACUUAGGAGCUUUGAUUGCAAGUCCUAUUUGCAAUGACGAUAGAAAUCCAAAUCAGCCGCAGCAAGGAACAGAGCCGGAAACAGCGGAUCCUGUUGACACUGAGGAGUUUCAGCACUCUACCCCUGAACCUGUCCCACCUAAAAAAAAGAAACAGCAGCAGCCCAACAGGAAACAAGCCCAAGAGCAGCCCCGCACCAAACCAGAACCGGCUGCACGAAAACCUGAGAGAGGCCGCAGACCAGAACGUGCCCAAUUAAAGAAACCAUGGGAGAAUCCCAAGCCCAGAGCCCGCUCCAAGAGUCGUGACCGUUCAGCAACACGUUCCAAAAUGGCACCUACACCACAGGGCAAUAAGCUCAACACCUCACUGGGAUUUAAUGAUACAUUUGACUUUGACUGUGAAGAAACGGUUCAUGUUACACCUUUCAGGGCAAAGGCAGAGGACAAUCCGCCGGCCACACCCAUCAGCGAAGAGGGUCCAGAAAGAGGACAAACUGAAGCGUCACCUGUCACUUUCAGACAGAAUGAGUCCAGCUCAACAUCGCCGUCUUCUGAAUCAGAUGACAGCCUUUAUGUCCCUCAGAAAACCAGGAGGAGACAGACCUCACCGGACAACACCAAGGUGAUCACCACUCGUAGAGGCCGGCCCUCUAAAGUCGUCAGACAGAAAGAAAACAUCCCUCCAAAACAGGAGAUCUCAGUCUGUAGAGAUGAGGAACGUGAAAAGAAAAAAGCACCUCUCCAUCACUCCCCUGAUUCUAGCUUCUCUAACAGCCCUGACCCUGCGAGGAUGGGACAGGAAAAUCACCAAGAGCCUCACAGAGAUGUUAUGGAAGAGGAUUGUUUGCUCCCUGUCAGCCCUCUGGUUGAAGCUGAGAUGAUGAGAAUAGACAACGUCCUGUCCAAUUUUGGAGAUUCCUCCUGCGACACUCCACCUCUUUUACCCCACCAAACGCCUCAGAGGAUCAAGACAUGCAAGAAACGUGGGCUUGGUGUAAGGACAGCAGGGCGGGGCUUGAGUCUGUGUGAUGUGACAAAUCUGUCCCCUGCAGCCUAUCGGAAGUUCUCCUCUGAUGCACGAUGCUCCACCCCUGCUCCUUCUCGCAAGCGGCGCUGCACCAUGGUUGUAGACUACAAGGAGCCCUCCCUUAACGCGAAACUUCGGCGUGGAGACAAGUUCACAGAUUUGCAGUUCCUCCGUUCUCCUAUUUUCAAGCAGAAGUCUGACAGGAGGUCUGUGAAGAAAUCAAGGAAUUCCAUGAACUCCCAGCAGCCAUUUGAGAAAUACAAUGAGUCGUUUGUUGGAUGUCGUUGAAAGCAGCAACUUUUUUUUUGUUUUGUUUUGUUUUUGAGUGUUGGCUGGCAUUGUCCCUGUUAAAGUUCUUUUUAAAGAGUUUUGACAAGUGCUCAUUUUAUUUUUCAUGUUUUUAAUUUGUAUUUCUUUAUGUGAUGUGAUUUGUGUGAUCUAAUAUGACUGUGACCAGUUUUUUAUUUUAUUUUGUGACGUUUCAUGCUUCUUUCUUCUCUCCUCUUUAUCUCUAAAUACAUGUAGCAUUGGCAAUUUUUCCUUUUCAAGAUCAUAUUUUACAAUUUUAUGACAUCAUCUUACUUAAGCUCUGUUUUUUUGAAGACAUAUUAUUGUCAGCUAAUAAAUUACAAUUUAUAUCUUCAAUUGUAUCUUCUUCUGUAUUACAUGACAACUUUAUUAGUGGUGCGGGGUGUGGC